UUGAAAUAGCCAAGGCCAUCGAAAAUAUCCGCAAUUGGUUGAGACUGUCGAUUUGCCCGAUUGGAAAUGAGCGUUUCUCAUUUGAAAAUUUUUGAAUUUCAAUUUUCCUAAGAAUGGCUUACUUGUUCUAUCAUCGCUUGUUACACACUUCUGUUUUGAAAAGUGGUAAAAGCAGAAGAUAUAGAAUUCGUUAUUAUUUUACACAAACUAUAAAUUGUAAGCAAAGAAGAAACUUGGAGUUUGUUCAAGAUUCUUCUAAUAAAUACGUUGUACGAAUUAAGCCACGAGUUGUAAAGCGUGAAGUCAUAGAAGAACAGACAAACCAUUCACAACAGUGUAAUGAAAGGCAUAUAUUUGUGGAAAACGAGAGUACAAAGAUGGAUUUCCUAGUGCCAGUCGUUUCACAAGUGGUGGUGAACAGUUUUGAAGCUUUAUGGUUGGUAUCUACCCAGCUACUAAACUAUCUUUCCAAGAACGAAGUGAACCAUCAAAGGUUCCAGAAAAAGUUGGUAACCUUGAUAGUUGCUAUUUGGAUUGUAUUAAGAGUCAUUGCAGUGAUUCCCUUAUUACCUGAGGCACUCGAACUAACAGGUUUGGUAACCUCAGUAAUAGUGUUCUAUAGAUAUCAGACGGACAGGGGAGUACAAGAACAAGUUGCUUUUUGUAUUGAACGAGUCAAAACUCUUCUUCAACAGUAUUUUCAUCAUUGAAUGGAGUCCCCAUUUCCAGUAGUUGAUUCCUAAUAAAGUUUCAGUUGAACUGUGUAUAGCUCAUUAUAUAGAAUCCAAGAGGCUGGCUUGUUCUCAAUGUCAA